UUUGUGAACCGAUACUACUUUGACUGGCGACAGAGCUACCUGUUUUCUCUUGAAAAAAAGCGGCCUUCCCCCCCUUUUGCAAGCUUCUUUCCUGUUGGCGCGGUGCGUAGGUUGUUACCCUACGGUGGUGAAACGUGAACUAGCAGUGCACACCGCGGGUCAUCCGAGACUCAACCUUCGCUGGACUAUGCGGAUUGACGGUACUCCCUUUCUCUCUCUUGUCACUUUCUCGAGAUCCCUGGCGAAAACGCGAGUAAGUCCUAAUCUCGAAAGGAGGCCCCUCAACUUUUUACCACUCACGUGGUUGCACACUAUCGCUGAGGAGCAAAAUGGGUUGCACGCAGUCAGCCCCCGGCCAGGCUUGCUCAUGUUUGCCCAACAGCCAUCAGGCCAGGAAAGCUGCGUGCGCCGCGGGGCCCUCUUUGAGCUUAAAGAAAAGGGCGGCUGCAGGUGGCCUCUUUGCACGAAAAGCGUCUCAGUUGGUGACUCAUGAAGAUGGUGAUCCGGCCGCAACGAUGCUCCUAAAAAAUGAACAGGUGGACCCAGAUGUCCUGUCGCUGGACGGUGCUGACGGCACCUUGGUACCCGAAAGGGAGCUGGCAGGCAAGCAGAAUGAGGAAGACGCCGCAAGUCACCGCCGCUCGCUCCGCCAGAACAUCAUCAUGAAAUUGAACAGCCGGAAAAUUUCCCUCCGAACCUUCCGUCGUUCGUCAGGAAGUGGAGAGACCAUUCCGAGCUCACAAGACCCCGAGAGUCCCCGCCAGACAAAAGGAGCGUGUGUAGCCGCAGGCGGCGAGGCGCCAAGAGGAAGCGACAACAACUCACCAUGCGCGGAAGAAGCAUCGGAAUUCUUCAAGGCAUUUACCAGUGCCACACGGGCCUCACUGACAGCACAGAGCGAAGAGAGGAAGCACUGUGCAAACGACGACCCCGCGGCAGACGGCGAACCCACCACUGAAGAAAUGCGCGCAGUGUGGUGUGUCAUGAAAGCGAACUCUGCGACCAAAGUUGAACAGAAAAUUGAGUGGCUCCACCGACUCGAGUGGCUUCUAGUGAGGCUGAAUCCUAUGGAGUCAAAUCACCCGACCCGUCAUGCACUGCUGGAAGCGAAGGUUCUGGAACUCUGCCUGGACUGUUUGCGCGAAAACCAGGAUGACGCUGGCCUGUGCGUCUCAGCCCUGGCGAUCCUAGUACACAUGUCUCUGAACGACGAAACAUCGAUGAAACUUGUCAGCUCAAAUGGCCUAGAGGACAUCACGCUUCUCUUGAAGAAAUACUAUGAACGCUGCCAGAAACGAGAGCUCGCGACACCGAACGCACCACAAGAGGGCAGUGAAGAGAAAGGCGCGGCGUCGGACGGAAGCGACCCGAGAGACAACGGAUCGUCUGUGGGAAACAAAGAUGCGAAUAUGGCAUCUGAGAAGAGUGUGGCAACCGCGAACGACACGCAGGUGACUAGAGGAGAAUGGAAGCAAAUCGCAGGUGACCCGAAAGAUAGCGAGGGCGCUGUCACCUCCACUACGGUAGCCAGCCUGCAAGCUGACGACGACCAACUUCUUGCGGUUGAACUGGUCACUCUCGUCUGGCGCUUAAUCUUUGCUACCAGCUUGGACGGCGACGAAUAUGCACAGAAGUGGAUCGACGUUGGUGCGGCGGAGCCUGCAAUCGACAGUGUGGCAUCAGACCUGGAUGUUUUUUGUUCGGCAACCUACGUCUGCUGGGUGUUUGGUGCUCUGCGGUUCCUUCCUCUUGACAACGCUGAACUGUGUGAGGACUUCGUGCGCCGUCGACAGCUGUUCCGGUGGACUCUAAAGAAAAUGGAAAUGCAUCAUGAAGAACCUCUUGUGCUUGAAAACGGCUUCGCCGUUCUCGCCAACUACCAGCGCGCGCAGCCCGCCCAUGCGGCAGUGUUGUCUGAACUUCCCGAGGUGUGGACGAAGUGCCUUUCGUGGCUGAACACGGACUGCAUGAUCCGAGUCCCGGACGUCGUUUAUCAAGGACUAUAUACAGUCGGCCUGGCAUGCUCAUACUGUCCGGAGGCCUGCGGGGAUCUACGGAAUGCAAAAGGCCUUGAGUUCGCAGAUAAGGUUGUUGAGGUCUAUGGGGGGCACUCGAAUGCAGACGUGGCUUCGGGGGCUUCGGCUGCUGCCUGUGGGAGCGACAACGGUGCGGGAUCACCUAAUGAGAAACACGCGAAUGUUCUGCAGUUUGCCGAGGGACUUCGACGCCUUCUGCAGCCCGUACCCCUCUCCGCCACAGAGAUGGCGGCGAUCUGCCAGGAACCCAUUCAUGAAGCAGACGAAGAGGAGUCUGAUGGGGAGAGGCUGGCCGCAUCCAGGGAGACAGAACAGGCCACAGAGACGCCGCAAGAUGCCGCACUCGAGGACAACGCAUGUGGCCAUGAACCGGAGGCGACGCAGAAGCUCGAACAACCACAGUCGCAGACGCCUUUUCCGGUCGAAACAGGCGACAAUACUGAACAGGCGGCAGCUCCAGUGACAACUACAACCGAAGGACGGAGUUGCCAGCCACAAGAUUUGGACGAAAUGGCGCCUCUCCCACUUCUGCAGCUGCGCACGCGGUCGAUGACACCAGAAAGCGACGACGGAUCAGCUGAGAAGUUUACUCCAGAGCUCCGUUCUCCGCCGAUCUCGGAAGGCAGCGCAGAAAGUCCUGAAGGAGCAUUGGGAAUGCUAACUCCUGGCGAGGAGGCAGAUCCUGCGCGAACGCCACAGUUGCCAAGCGGGACAGAGGUGAAGGACUCCCCCACUCCCAUAAUCUCUAUAGAACAGCUUCCGGCCUUGGCGGACGCGGGACAAAUGACGAAGAAAGAAGUUGCAAGUGCUUCGACCGUAGCGCCUGCGGUGCGCAUUACCCCAGUCAGUGAAGCGGAAACCACCGGGGAGUUAAGCUCUCCUGAGUUGUCUUGUGCUUCUCCAGAUCCCGCUGAAGACAGUGCUGAGCAAGCCAGGCCACUGAGGUAGAUUAAUCGCGGGCCACCAGUAAUAAGGUGGACUUGAGAGAUGGCAAACGCCUUGUGAAAACAGGAAAAACCAACUGCCACACAGGGAAACAUAAUUGAGCUACGCGCUACCUGCGCUGUUGUGGCGCACGGCGCACAGGGAGGCACAACAACGUUAUUCAGCCAUGCCAUGCGAAAAUUUUUUGGACAACAAGUACGGCGGCCACAUCUUGGAAGUCUUGCCCCCGAGUCGAAGAAAGAUGUGACUUUCUGAGAAGCGCAGCUGCAGCGCCUCAAGACACUUUUUCAAACACGUUCCCAUGAUGGGAGAUGGACCCAUGGGGAACGUCCGGAUUUUUAGUUUUUGCGAAAUUUCGUUCGCGCGCAGCUGGCACGGACGCGGACGCGUGAAUGACAUUUUUUUGGCAGUUGUAAAGGAGCUCCAAACACGAGGGAAAAUCGAGGGAUAUCACCUUUCCGGGAGUUGGAGACAAAAGCCACGGGUCUACGACAACCUGUACAGAAUUGUGCUACAUCGUUCCCGAUUGCCAGAGCUUUUCAGGAGACCCAGUCGCUGUAGAAUACAGAAACAUUUUAUCUCGUUGGCAACCGCCAACGAAUGCGGUCCUCUUGGCAACGCAUUACACGUUCUUUGGAGCAUAUGUUUGUUUAAGAUGAUCACCGUGGUUUGUGGCUCUUUUGUUCAGAGUUUCCCUGACUUCUUAGGUGACAAUCGUUCUAGCAUAUGUGCGUCACCUGGCUGUUGGAUGCGAAGUCACGCCGCAUGCGACGGCUCCUUGGAACACCGUAGUGGUGGAUGUCACUGUCUGAAAGACUCAAUUCCGCAGUAGCCCGGCAACGGCUUUCCUUAACAUCCUGACAGCGUGAACGUGGCGGCUGAGCUUGUGUCGUUGAUAAAACUUGUGGAGGGGCCCGCACCGAG